AUGAAAAUUCUGUGUCAGCUGGCUGACUCUUUCAUCUAUGUCGUAUCACGGCAGGGCGUUACCGGAGCCUCAGGGUCACUGAAUGCCAACUUGCCUGCUCUCCUUGAACGUGUGAAGAAGUACAGUGGGAACAAGCCUGCCGCUGUUGGCUUCGGUGUUAGCACGCGUGACCAUUUUCUAAGUGUUGCCAACAUUGCCGAUGGAGUUGUUGUUGGAAGUCAGAUUGUUACCACGUUGCAGAGAGCCGGCCCCGGCCAAGGUCCAAGUGACGUCGAAGAGUACUGCGCGUACCUGUGCGGAAGAGGUGCUCUGCCGCAAAUUGAAGCAACCCGAGAGGUUGGGGUCGUCGAGGCAAUUAGUGGUGCCAAGGGUCCAAGUGGAGAUAACGUGACAGUUAACGCUGUUGUGACUGACCAAGAUCGACUUACAGCCGAGCAAGACAGCGAUCUGGUUUCGCAACUUGCAGCUCUUCAUGGCAAGAUUCCCGACAGAUUUGGCGAAUUCGGCGGUCAAUAUGUUCCCGAGAGUCUGAUGGAUUGCCUUUCCCAGUUGGAAGAGGGAUUCAAUAAAAUCAAGGAUGAUCCUGAAUUCUGGGAAGAGUACAGAUCCUACUACGACUACAUGGGACGACCAUCGCGGCUCCAUUUGGCCGAAAGGCUAACCGAGCACGCUGGCGGUGCCAACAUCUGGCUUAAGAGGGAAGACCUAAACCACACUGGCAGCCACAAGAUCAACAACGCUUUGGGUCAAUUGCUACUGGCAAAGCGUUUAGGCAAGUCCAAGAUUAUUGCAGAGACGGGGGCUGGCCAACAUGGUGUUGCAACAGCAACGAUUUGUGCCAAGUUUGGCAUGGAGUGCACGGUAUACAUGGGAGCGGAGGAUGUCCGCCGCCAAGCUCUCAAUGUCUUUCGUAUGCGAUUGCUGGGAGCAAAGGUUGUUGCUGUAGAAGCUGGCAGCAAGACUCUUCGAGAUGCGGUGAACGAAGCCCUCCGAGCAUGGGUCAUCGAACUUGAUACCACUCACUACAUCAUAGGUUCCGCAAUUGGGCCCCAUCCAUUCCCGACCAUCGUCAGAACCUUUCAAUCCGUGAUUGGUAACGAAACCAAGAAGCAAAUGAUGGAGAAGCGUCAAAAGCUACCUGACGCAGUGGUCGCCUGUGUGGGAGGUGGCAGCAACGCUGUCGGCAUGUUUUAUCCUUUUUCCAACGAUCCCACAGUCAAACUGCUUGGAGUUGAAGCUGGUGGUGACGGCGUGGACACAGAAAGACACAGCGCCACCUUGACCGGAGGGUCCAAGGGCGUCCUCCAUGGAGUGCGUACAUAUGUCCUUCAGGACAAUAAUGGCCAAAUUUCUGAGACCCAUUCUGUGUCGGCUGGCCUUGACUAUCCGGGAGUCGGCCCUGAACUCAGUUCUUGGAAAGAUAACGAGAGGGCCAAGUUUAUUGCUGCUACAGAUGCACAAGCCUUCCAGGCCUUCCGGCUGAUGAGCCAACUGGAAGGUAUUAUCCCGGCACUUGAGUCAGCUCAUGGAAUUUACGGUGCCAUCGAGCUAGCCAAGACUAUGAAGAAGGGUGAAGACCUCAUCAUUUGUCUGAGCGGUCGUGGCGACAAGGAUGUGCAAAGCGUAGCUGAGGAACUUCCCAGACUUGGACCGCAGAUUGGCUGGGACUUGCGAUUUUGA